AUGUUAUUUUAUCGCACGUUGCUAAUUUUUAUUUUAACUAUAAUAUGUGUUAGUACUGAAGAGGAUUCAUUGAGUAUGACGAAGCCAGAAAGGCAAAGUUUAAGGGAAGAAUCAAGGCGCAUGUUCUAUCAUGCCUAUAAUGCAUACAUGGACAAUGCUUACCCAGCAGAUGAGCUCAUGCCUCUUAGCUGUAAAGGUAGAUGGAGAGGUAUCACACCUAGUCGUGGCGACAUGGAUGAUGUGCUCGGAAAUUUUUCUCUAACACUCGUGGACAGCUUAGACAUGUUGGCCAUUAUCGGAGACUUCUCAGAGUUCAGUCGAGCAAUUAAGCUGGUUAUAGAUGACGUCAAAUUUGAUAGCGAUAUUAUUGUUUCUGUGUUUGAAACUAAUAUAAGAAUGCUUGGUGGUCUCCUAUCAGCUCAUGUACUGGCGACGUCUUUGAAGAACGAUGUGCCGGUGCUUCAGUGGUAUAAUGGAGAGCUAUUGGCAAUGGCUGAGGAUCUGGGAAAACGUUUGCUACCAGCCUUUAAUACCUCCACUGGUAUUCCACAUGGCCGAGUGAACCUCAAGCACGGACUCCGAGGGUUGGCAGAUUCCCGAGAGACGUGUACCGCAUGCGCUGGUACUAUGAUACUGGAGAUGGCAGCCCUAUCCCGACUCACCGGCAACCCGGUGUUCGAAGAGAAAGCCCAUAAGGCUAUGGACCGAUUGUGGAAGAUCAGACAUAGGACCUCAGACUUGAUGGGAACAGUGAUAAACAUUCACAAUGGAGAUUGGGUACGAAAGGAUUCAGGGGUUGGUGCGGGAAUAGACUCUUAUUAUGAAUACUGCCUCAAAGCCUACAUACUGUUAGGAGACGAGAAGUACUUGGCCAGAUUCACAAGACAUUACAAUGCUAUCAUGAAGUAUAUAAGCAGGGGUCCGAUUAUGCUUGCUGUCCAUAUGCAUAGGCCGCACCUACAGUCGCGUAACUUUAUGGACGCUCUGCUGGCUUUCUGGCCGGGGCUGCAAGUAUUGUUAGGGGACGUUCGACCAGCUGUGGAGACUCACGAGAUGUUGUACCAGGUGAUGCAGCGGCAUACCUUCAUACCUGAGGCUUUCACAUCUGAUUUUCAGGUUCAUUGGGGCCAGCAUCCGCUUAGGCCAGAGUUCUUAGAAUCCACGUACUUCCUUCACCGAGCAACGGGCGACGACCAUUACUUAAGAGUCGGGAAAACCGUCCUUAAAGCCCUACAACAACACACUAGAGUACCCUGUGGAUAUGCCGCAGUAAACGACGUGAGAACACGAGUUCACGAAGAUAGAAUGGAUUCAUUUGUACUAGCUGAGACUUUUAAGUACUUAUACAUGCUGUUCGGAGAGGAUAAAGACUUACCAAUAAAAUUAGAAGACUACGUUUUAACCACCGAAGCCCAUUUCUUGCCUCUGUCUCUAGCCACUGAUGGCAAAAAUGGAUCAUACUUAAGCAUCACAAUAGACGACGAGGAUGAAGAUAAAUAUAGAAAGACUUGCCCAAACACAGCUUCUCUGGUAGCUGAGAAAGUUCGUCAACCAAUGCGUCAAAUGUUAGGAUCAACGGCGGCUCGACCACCAGCCAGGCUGAGACCAUUGAACGAUCCGAGGCACAUUCACGCUCUAUCUGACAUGGGCAUAUCUGUACUUACACUACCCGAUGGCAGGGUGCAGUUGUUAUAUACUAUUAAUACUGCAAAAUCUGUGAAAGAUGCGGCCGAAGGACUUACAUUCAUGAAAGAAAUGUUUAAAUGGAACACCCUCAGCGAUUCCGAAAAUGGCGUAGUAGCUGCCGGUGUUAAGGUUAAUGAGAGGAUACUACCGGGUGGACCGGGUCACUUCGGUAAAGAUAUUUCAGGGUCCGAUAGAUUCACGGGGACACCAGUCGCAGUUGACCCCAUAGACGCUUGUACUCCUAUAGUUAAUAAAAAUGAUAUAGCCGGUAAAUUUGGAAUGGCGAUCCGAGGACAGUGUACCUUCGCCCAAAAAGUCCGUCACAUCCAAGAAGCCGGUGGCACUCUUGCCAUAAUAUUAGAUAAUGUUAAGGAUUCGUCCCACGAAACUACAGCUCUCUUCGCUAUGUCCGGUGACGGUAGAGAUGAUAUAGAAAUACCAGCAGUCUUCCUCUUCUCACAAGAAGGUGAAUAUCUCAAGCAAGCAAUGACAGAGAAUCCGAAUAUAAUAUUAACAAUCGGGGAAUUAAAAUCCAUUAAGAAGCAACACGAGGUCGGAUGUGACAACGAUAACUGUGAGAUCAUAACCAACCCAGCACCUGUUGAAAGUGAUAACGCUUCGUAUGAACACCUGAAGAAGGUUCUCGGUCAACUUGUGUCUCAAAUUGAAAUGUCUUUAACCAAUGAGGAACCUAGCAAGACCUGUUCAGAAGAAAUCCAACACGUACAAGUGUCGAAGGACAAGUUUGUCAACGAAGACGCCCGCAGUAAAGCUUGCACCACUAACUGUGGAGUUGAAAACAAUGAACAUGUUAAGAACAUGAUGAAACCAGAUGACGACUUCUGA